AUGAUGAAUAAUGAUGAACAAGAUUUAUCGGAUGAUAGUUCCGUUGAAAUAACUGAGAAUCCACCAACAAAUGAUCAAGAACCAAUUUCUAAUAAGAAUAUUCAUUCAACACAAGCCAAAAAUCGACAUAGUUUACCAAAUUUAAAUAUUAAACAUCCUUAUUAUUCAAUUAAUGAUGCUAAAGAUCCAUUUAUUGAUGAAACAAAAGUUAUUAUUGAUGAACACGUUAAAAUAUCUCAUGUACCUCGUACUAGUGCACACAAUUUGAAUACAGACUUGCCUGUUCCAAAAUCAGAUGCAGAUUCAAGACGUAAAAGUACCGAUAAUACAAAUGUUUCUCGUCCUAAUAAAACGGUACAUCAUACUUCAAAAGAAGAUAAUAUAAAUCAAGAUAUUGAUAAAAAAAUAACUGCUACAAAAUCUAUGGUAAAACGAGUAUCACUUACAAAUGAAUUACCAAGGAAAAUGUCAUCGGAAGACGUACAUGUUCAUGUUAAACAUAUAACGGUAAAUAAAAAAAAAUGA